AUGUCGGUGAAGAUCUGUUUCGAAAUUGGUCAUGUGGCCUCGGUCAAAAGUAGACCAACGGCAGAAGGUUACACGCACGAUUGGGAGUUAUUUGUUCGCGGUUUAGACGGGAAUGAUAUUAGCCACUUCGUUGACAAGGUGGUCUUCAAUCUGCACGAAUCCUUCCCGAAACCGAAACGAGUUUUCAAAGAACCUCCGUACUUGGUGAAGGAAGCCGGGUAUGCCGGUUUCAUACUGCCGGUGGAAAUUUACUUCAAAAAUCGCGAUGAUCCGAAAAAGACAGUGUACAACUACGAUCUCGAUCUGACUCCGGCCAAAAAUCAGCGCGAAGAGUACGUGUUUCAUCAUCCGUCGGACGAGUUUCGGCGAAAGUUGCUAAAGGGUGGCGGAUUACUCAUAUCAGGAAGCAGCACCGGUAGUUCCGGUAAUAGCGUCAGCAAUGAUUACAAAAGCAACCGUGGCAGCAGUAGUCACAACAGUGGUGGCACUAGUGCCGGCGCGGAACGAUCGUCAAGCAGCAGUUCGUCGCAGGACAAAAAAUCUAAAUCGAAAACAUCCUCCUCAGUCGAUGAUACGAAAGGACAGUUUGCGGAACUGUUUGGAUCACCAUUUUCCCACAAAUCAAGUGGCGGCAGUGGUAACAGCAAAGUAUCACCUGAUCCGAAGCAAUCGUCUACCAGCAAAACAUCACCGGUGGGUGGUAGUAGCGUUAGUGGUAAAGCACAGUCCGGUCAGAAACCUUCGUCUGACUCUAGGACGGCGAUUACCAACUCUUCCACGUCCUCAUCCAUGUCUGGUUCAUCGAAUUCUGCAGCGAAGGAUAAAGAUAAAUCAUCCUCCUCGAAGCACAAACACUCGAGUCCCAACAAAGAAAGCAAAAAAUCGUCCAACUCCGCGUCGCUAUCGGUGGCGGGAGGCAUUGGGCUGGCGGAGGAAAAGCACAGCAAGGACAAGAAAGAUAAAAGUCAUUCGAAGGAGCGCGAUAAAGGUGGCAGAGAUAAGAAUACGAUGAACAGUAUUUCCGGUACUGGUAGUAGCGGCGUAGGAGGUAACAGCAACUCACAACAAUCACUGACCUCCUCCGCAUCUAUGAAGCGGCCAACCGUAACAGCCAGCCCAAAGCGGUCUAGCACUAGCAGCACAAAUAGCAAUAAUAGCGUAAGCAACAACAGUAGCAAUUCUACAGUUCCUAAUAUACCUGGUAGUGGAGUGUCCACCGGAUCCGGUGGUCCAUCCGGGAGUAAAAGCUCCGACAGUAAAAGGAGCGCUAGCGAGAAGGAGAAAAAAAGCAGCAAAAAGGAGAAGAAAAGCUAUGACAAGGAUAAGGAACGUACCACCGAAUCGUCCAACCAGCGAAAGGUAGAUCGAAGCGGUGAAACGCAACAGAAGAUGCAAACAAACGCGAAUUUUGCUUCGGGCCCUGGCUUAUCGAAAGGGGAACCAGCCUCGCUGGGAAGUGGGAAGUUAUCCUCUUCCUCUAAUUCUGGAAGCAAGACUAGCUCCAACAAUACUGCAGCUUCGCAUGAUCUGGUCAAAGAUGGGACGACUGGUAAAGCAUCCACGUCCGCUCGUGAAUCUUCCAACACUUUAAAUUCUGCUGCCGCCACCAGUGGCGGGUACCCAAAGGAUAAAAAAAUCCAUCAAAAUGCAGGCGACUCCAUUUCCAAACCGGACCCUGCUGGAAGUACCUUAACAACGGUGCCUUCUGUUAAGGCAUCCGAAAAGCUGGACAAGGAUCGGGAAAAGGAUGAAGCACGAAAGCACAAACACAAAAAGAAAGACAAAACGAAGGACAAAGAGAAGGACCGAUCUUCCGUAGGAAAGGAUAAAAAGGAUAGAAAAGAUAAGGACAAACCUACCGGUGGGGUUGAUGCGGGCCUUGGCAAAGGGUCAAACUAUUUGACACCUACGCGCGAAAAUCUUGGAGGCGGUAUGGAUAGUACCGGUGUGGGAAAAAGUAAAUCACUCAACAACACCGGCAGCGAGUCGUCAGCGAAACCGACUGGACACGAUCGGGACAAGUCCACGUCCACGGGCCAUCUUUUCUCCGGUACCGCAACUGGUGCACGGCAGGCUGCUGGUUCGCAAGUUGUGAAAUCGAGCACACCGGUUGAACCAGCAACCGGACCAGGCAGUGGUGAAGAGAAUUCGAAUGAAUCGGAUGCAGUGACCACCGGUGGUACCGGUGGUGGCGAUAAUAGCCGCGCUCCGUCAACUUUGCCGACCGAAAAAGAUUCGGAAGCGUCGAACAGCAGUAUAGCGGACUUGUUACCGGCCGGUGGUGGGUCAUCUUCGUCCCACCAGCAAAGACCACCGUCGGCAACUUCAUCCGGCACAACGGGGUCAGGUAGUAGGACGGCCGAAUCUGGCGAAAAAUACCAUCACCAUAAAGGCAAAAAGGAUAAAAGCUCUAGAGGACAAAGCGGUUCCGCCGCUACUCCACCGGUCGAGACGAAGGACAGCAGUUCCAACGUUGGUGAACCGAUUAAAAGACGGAAGCGAAAAAACAAGGACGUAGAUGUAGAGAAAACAAAAGACAGUGCCGCUGAGCUUACCACGACGAUAACAGGCUUUUCCAGAGAACGGCGCAGUCCCUCGCCACCGUCUCCACCUGCAUCGUCCAACAGUUUAAUGGAACCACCGACAAAAAUACCAAAGAAGGAGGAACAUCCGCAUCUUGGUUCGGCGGCAGCUGGUAAAGCCACGGGCCUGGACACAAUGGACCACCCACUGAACAAUAACAACAAUAACAACAAUUUCAAGCAAUCGAUCGGUGGUGGAGGUUCCGCGCCGGAUGAUAAUGGUACCAGUUCGUGUAGUAAUCUCGGCGGAAGUGGAACAAGCGUCGGUGGUUCUGGUAUGGUGGGGACCAAUGCGGCUGCCGUCUCGCUUACCGGUGACUACAUGCUGGAGCUGAAAGAUCUGCAGCAGAAAAUAAUGACGCUCCAGGACAACACGGAACUGCAGCGUGUGGUGGAGAUGAUAGCGGCAACGGGAUGUUACGAAAUUACGAGCGCUACCUUUGAUUUCGAUCUCUGCGCGUUGGACCUUAUGACGGUGCGGCGAUUGCAGAACUUUUUCGCCACCUCCUGA